AUGUUCCCCCCAAAUCCAAGUUGGAUGAGGACACAGAUCUGGUCCUUGGCCAACGCAACCCUCCAACCUUGUGCCAUUCCGCCCAACAUGGCCGACGCCCGACCGCGUUUGGGCCACGAAUGCAUGGCAGGGCGCUGCCCCGACAUCGACAGCGCAUCCAGCGAUCGUACAAGUAGUCGAGAGCGUCGUCUGUCUCGUCUUAUCGCCAAGUACGAGUCCCUUAAAGAACCGGACAGGCUCCGUCAGUCUGUUGGCUACGUGGAAUUGCCAGCAAGUCUCACGGCUCCGACAUCUGCCCACGCGGCUGGUGAAUCGAAUCCAUUCGCUUCGGGGGCCCAGUCCGAGUCUACUUGGUCAUUCCCGGCGAUGAAGGACACGGUGGUCGACUUUGGGCUGUCGCUACCACGACAUGCCGCGUUGGGACAGACUGCCGUUGUCUCCUCGCCCGCCAAAGACGGAGCAUCCGGAGUCGAACGCACGUCCAUGGUGGCAGAGCGGCGGAGAUUCUUUGAAGCAUCGCAGCCUGGAAGCGUCCCAUCCAAUUUAACGUCUGUCCACCGUCCACCAAAAGACACCAAGGCGGGUUUGCCUGCCACAUGCACGCGGCAGACUUUGCGAACCGUCUCGCCGUCGCCCAGCGCGAGAUCGAACUCUACGGUGCUUUAUGACACUCCGGCGGCGGCCAGUGUAUACAGAUUGGCGGAGCGCGAUACCGCGGCGAGCAUGCAUUCCUCGCUGCCGGACAGUCUAAGCGUGAGCUCGACAACUGGGCUGAUUGACGAUGCUUGCUCAUCCAGCAGAGGCGCGGCCCCGGGCUUAGCCUCAAGGCUUCCGGAUCAGCCGAUGGACCAAGGCGCGGCAGGCAAGGCACUGCGGUGGCCUUCAGGAGCCAGACGCGAGAGGCCUGAGACCCCGACCCGGUGCUCGGGAAAGGCAGCCGUUGGCACAUUGAAGCCCACGCCAAGAGAGUGCAACACUGCGAUCGUAAAGACGCCGGCCGGAGACACUGCCCGCAAACUCCACCAUGGUGUAUUGGCGGCCACCCCGACGCUGAGGGCCGUCAGGGCCCAUUCGCCCACAAUUGCGAGCCUGCAGAAGAGAUUCCAUGCGUCCAUCCAGUCUACGUCGGCUCCGUCCCCGGGGAAGAUCAGACAGGAUCCGGCCAUGGUGCCACGACAGCUAGUCGGGACAAGAGGUUCAUACCGGAGCACUCCAGACUCUGACGGUGGCCUCUGGGCCGCCAGUGAGCCGCGGGCGCAGGUGCGGGUGCAUGAAAAGCGGACGCACCCGCCGCACGACAUUGAAACUACGGCCCAGCAGCCAAAACUACGAGACAGGAUCGACCUCUUCGAAUCGUUUGGCCUUGGCGCUGAGCUGGGGUCGUCUACCGAAAGAUUGCUGGUUCCGGCAUCCACGACUCACGAUACAAAGGGGCUCAAGCGGCCGAGUUCGUCAGACAAUCGAGUUGGAGCAGCUUUGAGAAAGUUGUCUGGGACAUGGAGACGGGCGCGCCUAGGAAGCCAUGCGGGGAGGAUGCCACCUGCAUCACAGAAGGAUCGAAUUGAGCAGCAGUCACCUUCCUUGUCCAGCGACGGGUCGGUGGUGACGUUUCGGGGCGCUUCCCAGACCAACUUGCUGGAUGCCGUGGCGUUCGACUUUGCUGACGACUUGUGCAACCCCACGCCCUGGCUGCCGUCCGCACCGGCAUCUAACGACCGAAUUGAGCCCGCACAUCGUGGGUUGUCCGACAUGGACGGAUCUUUGCACAGCACGAACAGUUAUGCACAGCCUCGCCCGGGGAGCGGAAAGCGGCUUGCCGAGGGUCGCACACACGCAGGGGGGAAAAGGGCCGAGACUUGGACUCAGGUAGCGCAGCAGUCCGGACGGCGCGUGUCGAGCCGACGCUGGAUGUCGCGCAGCAGCGGGACCGGGACCAUGGUGGCACGCGUGCAGUGCGCGCUGCAACAGCCGAGGCCAGUGAGGGCCAACGAGGUGAAGCGGCUGGUAAGCCUCUGCAAGGACAAGGUGACGGGCUAG